CCCACGGGCUCUGUGGUGAGGCGCCCUCGAUGGCCGCCGCCCGCCGAGCAGCGCGGAGGGACGGAGCUCAGGCCGAGAGCGGCACGGCGGGACACGGCCCACACGGCGGGCCGUACAGCGCGGGUCGCACAGCGCGGGCAGGGUGAACUUCACAGAAACUCCCAAAGGCUUCAAAGAUUUAUUUUGGGCAAAAUAAAUGAGCUAAGUUGUUCUGAUAAAGCAGAAUGGAUCCUUGUUCAGUUGGAGUUCAGCUUCAGGCUACCAGUGAGUGCCAUAAGAUCUAUUACACCCGUCACACUGGCUUCAAGACCAAACAAGAUAUCUCUUCAUCUGACCUCCUGCUGCUUCAGCUGAGGACUGGGAUAACCCUGUCGGAGAACAACACAAUCUGCUUCCACCAUGCCAAAAUUUACAUUGAGAGAUUUGAAGACUUACAAAAAUCCUGUUGUGAUCCCUUUAACAUCCACAGAAAACUGUCAAAGAAAAACUUGCGACCAAUUGACUUGGAUGAUGCAGCGUUUCUGAGUGCCAAGUUUGGAAGGCAGUUUGUUCCUGGCUGGAAGCUUUGUCCCAAGUGUAUGCAGAUAAUCAAUGGAAGUGUGGAUGUGGAACCUGAGGAGCGACAAAGGAGAAGGCUGGAUCCAGAUGGACGUACAGCUAAGGCUUUAAAGUCUCUCCAGUUUGCUAACCCAGGACGACAGACUGAGUUCACUCCAGAGACCAGUAAAAGGGAAAAAAGAAGGCAAACAAAAAUCUCAGUCUUUAAUUCAGACAGGCAAGUAAUUCCAGCCAAGAGUAAGGUGUAUGACAGCCAGGGGCUGCUGCUGUACAGCGGGAUGGACCUGUGUGACUGCCUGGACGAGGACUGCCUGGGCUGCUUCUACGCCUGCCCCAAGUGCGGCUCCAACAAGUGCGGCACCGAGUGCCGCUGCGACCGCAAGUGGCUCUACGAGCAGAUCGAGAUCGAGGGAGGGGAGAUCAUCAGGAACAAGCACGUGGGCUAGGGGCCAUGGGCAUUGUUCCAUCCUGAGUGUGGGCCAUGCUUUGGGUAAACACAGCAGACGCAGUGUUAGGUUAAUGGGCGCUGUUGGGACUUGUCAGGACCCACGGGAUGAAUGCGCUCACUUUCACAGUCGUUUUCAGUGUGGUGGUGGACAUAACCAACUGCUGUCUUUGCACUGUAAUCAGGCUUCUUACUGAUCCAGGUGGGAUCUCACUGAACAGCUGUAUUCAAGUACAAGGUGCUGAAUUCUAAUGUGAUCUAUCCUGAGCCACUUGCUAUUCUUUCAUACAUUGUUUUGUAGAAUGUACCAUCUCUGUGUAUCACUCAUUUCUCCUUCUCAAAUUCAGGAUCUCGUGGGUUUUAAUCUGUUUUAUGGGAAAGUUCUCAAGGAAUUUAUAUGCAGUAUUACUAGUGAAUACUGUGUCUUCUACAGAGUAUUGAAGCUCCAUCUGAUAAAUCCAAUCCUGUUCACUUAAAAAGGAGUCAAAAGCAUUUAGGUGUUCAGGUCUCAUCCCAGUUAUUGGGAUUUGAGGUCAAGUUAUCCUUAUGAAUGCAUAAGGAUAUGAAUUCAUAUGAAUUCAUAUUAAAAUAUUGAAAUUAACCUGUAAUAUACAUUGUGUUAAAGUAUUACUUAUUACUUUUUUGGUUUCUGUAGCACAAAAUUAAAACAAUUUUGCUCUAUCAGUCUGUAAUUGGACUGAACCAGUACUUCAACAGUCCUCUCCUUGUUUUUUUCUCUUUUUACUGAUUUUUAAGGUUUACAUGCAGCUGAAAUGAAUUUGUCUGUUUCCAAACCAAGAUUAUCUAGACUGUUACCAAAAAAACCCAGAUGAAUGGAAAGUAUCUUUGGUUGAUACAUUAUCUGUCCUCAUAAUAUUAAACUUUUACACUGUAAGAAGGCUUAUUGAAAAGGUUUUAUAAAUUAAGUUUUAGUAACAUUUUUAUUCUUUAUAUUUUUGUUGUGUUUUGUAUAAAUUUCCUGUCAUUUGAUGACUUGGAAGAUCUGCAUGUUUGUUGGGUCACAUUUUUUCAAUAAUACUGUUAAGUUCUUGCAGACUUACUUGGUAAAGUUGUAUAAUCUUGCAAUGUGCUCAGCAGAUCUUUUUCUGUUCUGGUGUCAUGAAUGUUGCCUUGCCAAAAUCCAGAGUUAUGCUUUGAGUUAUGCUGACAUCUGCUGGUCCAGCUGGAGUAUAAGAACUGAGAUGUUACAUUUUUAUUAAAUCUGUUCUAAAAAUAA